AAGUGGGCGGGACUUUGUCAGUGGCUGCUGCUAGCCUCUCCGCAGCUAGCGUCUCCUCCGUUUCUCCGUCCGUCCUUCCGAACUUUGGACCAGAACCGGGCUUUAGAUGGCCGCUGCCGCCCUGAAGAGCUGCUCUGUCUGGCGCUUUGUCAAACUGAGAAGUUUGCUCAGGUCCGGCGUUCCCUGUGUUUCCAGCGUUCCCAGCGUUCCCAGCUUGACGUUCCACACCACAACCUCCUCUCUGAUGGGUGCGACGGUGGAGGAGUUCGACCAGGCGAAGAGCCGGCUGGCGGCGCUGAAGAAAGAUCCGGGGAACGAGGUGAAGCUGAAGAUCUACGCUCUCUUCAAGCAGGCCACUCUGGGUCCCUGCAACGCUCCCAAACCAGGAAUGCUGGACUUUGUGAACAAGGCCAAAUGGGACGCCUGGAAGUCCCUGGGCUCCAUCUCUCAGGAUGACGCCAGGGAGCAGUACUGCAACCUGAUUGGCUCCCUGGUGGAAGCAGAGGGGGGAAGCUCCGCCCAGCUCGCUGCAAAGCCUGCUGGGAGCGGAGCCACGUACCAGACGCUGCUGGUCACCACGGAGGAUGACAUCACCACCAUCAAACUGAACCGACCAGCCAAGAAGAACGCCAUCACACCUGAGAUGUACGAGGAGAUCAUUGCAGCUCUGGAGCAGGCGACAAACGACGACUCCAAGUUUGCGGUUUUCACAGGAGCUGGAGACUUCUACUGCAGCGGCAACGACCUCUCCAACUUCACCAAGAUCCCAGAAGGAGGCGUCCAGGAGAUGGCCAGGCAGGGCGGGGAGCUGCUCAGGCGGUACGUGAGGGCCUACAUCGACUUCCCUAAGCCUCUGGUGGCCGUGGUGAACGGACCGGCAGUGGGGAUCUCCGUCACCGUGCUGGGACUCUUUGACCUGGUCUACGCCACAGAACGGGCCACCUUCCACACUCCCUUCUCUCAGCUGGGUCAGAGCGCAGAGGGCUGCUCCUCCUACACCUUCCCCAGAAUCAUGGGUCCCAGCAAGGCCAGUGAGCUGCUGCUGUUCAACAAGAAGCUGACGGCCACCCAGGCCUGUGAACUGGGUCUGAUCACGGAGGUUUUCCCCGACAGCAGCUUCCAGUCCGAGGUGUGGGCCCGACUGAAGGCUUACGCCCGGCUGCCCCCCCAGUCUCUGGCGCUGUCCAAACAGCUGAUCCGGUCCAUGGACAAGCAGCACCUCUAUGCCGUGAACGACGCUGAGGUGGAGCGGCUGAUGGAGCGCUGGACGUCUGAGGAGUGCUUCAACGCCGUCAUGAGCUUCUUCCAGGCCAAGGCCAAGCUCUGAGGAACCAUGAAGGCCCGACCCGUAACAGAACCGGCAGGAGCCGGAGGUCCGGAUGGAAAGACUGAUGAGAAACUGAUGUUCUUGUAGAGAUGUUUUUAAAGCAGGAGAAUAAUUACUUUGUUCUAUAGGAAUUCCUCACAUUAGGAGGACCUUCAGCUGUCUGGUCGAGCAGAACCUUUUGAACCGCUGCCGGGUCAAACCUCUGCCUCCUCCUGGAUCGCCACCAUCAGCAGGAGCUCCCUCUGAUGGUCCGCUCAACCUCUCUGGCUUUGGGUCAGCAGCAGAAUCCUGGUGGACCUUCAGGUUCUAAAUCCAACUGGAGCUGCUCCCAGAUGCUGGAGUGGGAACUCAUGGUUCUUCUCCAUCAUCUCUGCAUAUUCUCUGGACUCCUGGCACCGUCUGGUUCUCCAACUCUUGGAGAUGUUCGGAACCACGCUGCUUCUCAGAGCAGCUUUUCUCCAGGGAACAGGAAGUUGGGUCUGGUUUUGGAAAUAUCUAAAGUCUGCACUGUUCAUCUGGUUCUGAGGGUCAAACGGUCAUUUGAGCAGAAUCUGUUGUGGUUCUUCUACUGACCCAUAAUUCCCAGUUCUCUGGUGGCUCUGCUUGAAAACAUCUAGAAACAGAAAAGGUUGUGAGGUUCAUUCAUGUCUCGGUUCUGUUUCAGUUUCUUGACAAACAUUAAAGCCACAGAAAUGUA